AACCCACAGCAUUCUCACAAGCUAGGAAAAAAGAGAAGAAAGAAAAAAGGGCUGAAAUCAAUGGUCUGGCCCGUUUGGCUUGCAAUCCAGGGCCUGAUCCUGGCCAUUGGAUUCACGCCCCUUGUCACACGUGCAAUCCCCCCUCAGCCCCCCGUCCUUUGCAACGAGAAAGCAUGCCUCGUCUCCAACUCCUACGGCGUAUGGGGCGACAGAAAGGAAUGUCGGGUCUCGGGCAUUGUCUACCCGACAACAGAAGAGGAGCUGCGGGUGGCCGUAGCGCAGGCCAACCAGAAGAAACAGAAGGUGAAAGUCGUAACCGGGUUCGGGCACAACAUCCCGAAACUGACGUGCCCGGCUUCGCCAUCGGAUAGUGCGGUGGUGAUCAGUACGAGCAGGUAUAAUUCCAUCAUUGACGUGAACACGAAGGAUCGGACGGUCACGGUUGAUUCGGGAGUGGGGCUUCGGGAUCUGAUCAAUCGGGUGGAGGAGGCGGGUCUGAGUUUAGUGCCUUCUCCUUAUUGGGAGGGUGUGAGCAUUGGUGGAAUCGUGAGUACCGGAUCGCACGGUAGCUCUUGGUGGGGAAAGGGUGGGGCAGUUCAUGAUCAUGUGGUGGGCCUCAGUCUCGUGGUCCCCUCGGGGGCAUCGGACGGUUACGCUAAGGUUAUCAGAAUCAACGGUCCGGAUCCACUGUUCAAUGUAGCUAGAGUCUCUCUGGGGUUGUUGGGUGUCAUCUCAAAGAUAAAGCUCUCAUUGGAACCUGGAUUCAAAAGAAGCAUCACCAAUUCUUUCAAAGAUGAUGCUGGUUUGGAGGAUGAAUUCCUAGCUCAUGCACAAAAACACGAAUUCGCGGACAUAACCUGGUACCCAUCACAGCAUCAAGCCGUUUACAGGAAUGAUGAUCGUGUCCCCUUGAACAGCUCCGGAGAUGGUAUAAACGACUUCCUCGGCUUUCAGUCCACUUUCAUCUUGGUCACUUCGGGUGUUAGAGCAUCAGAAAAGGCAUUGGAGUCUUCAAGGAAUGUCAAAGGAAAAUGUGCCAUGGCAGCUACAACAGGGGGAUACAAGAAGCUGGUCGCCAAUGGCUUGAAAAACAACAAUAUAAUCUUCACAGGCUACCCAGUUGUGGGCCGCCAGGGUCGAAUGCAGACCUCCGGUUCUUGUCAGCACUCGCCGGCAACAACCAUCACAAGCUCAUGUGCUUGGGACCCCAGAUUCAAAGGGCUCCGCUUUUACGAGACGACGGCCAUUUUUCCAGCUUCAAAAUUCAGAGACUUCAUCAAAGAUGUUAAGAAACUAAGAGACUUCCAACCAGAUAAUUUCUGUGGGGUGGACAUUUACAACGGGUUCUUGAUACGUUUCAUAAAGGCUUCUGGGGCAUACCUCGGUCAAUCGGAGGAUUCCGUUGUCGUAGAUUUCAAUUACUAUAGAGCAGACGAGCCUUUGACACCAAGGCUCAACCAAGACGUUUGGGAAGAGGUGGAGCAAAUAGCAUUCUUUAAGUAUAGAGCUAAACCACAUUGGGCCAAGAAUCGUAACCUGGCGUUCUUAGGGGUGCAGCAGAAAUACUGCAACUUCAGCAAGUUUAUAACAGCAAAGAAGCAACUGGAUCCACAAGGCAUGUUCUCCAGCGAUUGGUCGGACGAGAUAUUAUUGGGCAGAGAGAUCACCAAAGGCGACGGUUGUGCAAUGGAAGGGCAGUGUAUCUGUUCUGAAGAUAGGCACUGUAAUCCGGAUAAGCAGUACUUGUGCAAACAAGGACUUGUUUAUGCAGAAGCUCGGGUAUGCAGAUACUCAGGUACACAGAUGUUCCGAGUAGGACUCACGUUGUAACAAAACUGUAGAUCAACAUUGCUGCUGGAGAAGAGGAAAAAAGAAAAAGAAAAACGAAACAAAGAAAACUAUGAUCUAUCGUUUAGCACCUUGAUAUUAAUUGGUAUUUUUCUAAAAUGUUGGGUUAUUCUUAUUUGUCUAAGAUUCCAAUUACAUUCUGCCAUAUCUUAUGUUUUUUGUGUGCAGCAUCAUUGUAUUUGGCUUUCCAAUAAAUGAAUGUAUGGCUUCAGAUAAAAUAAAACGGAGGGCGAUGAGAGAACAUGAAAUUACAGUAACUACAUAGCACCAUUUCAGCAUGUUUUGCAUACUUGCAUUAGAAAAGGAAAG